AUGGUUGAUGGUGCCUAUUUUCCGCGGCGCAAACGGCGUCUAUCAUGGCAGCGCCAAGAGCGAGGAAUCGUAGUCGACGGAGAGGACCCAAUUCCACCUCCAACUCACACUUUCUCAGACUUUUCGCUGCCUUCCGACGCCAUUUCCGUUUUGCAAUCGCGUGGUGUCACCAACCCGUCCGCGAUACAGUCUCAGGCCCUUCCGUGCGUCUUCCAAGGCCGCGAUAUCAUCGCUUUGGCCCCUACUGGCAGCGGAAAAACGCUAUGCUACAUCCUUCCCAUCGUUGGACUACUGCAGCGAUUGCCUAAACUUGUCGAUCAGGUAGUGCAGGAUCUCGUGGCAUUCUUUCCGAGCUCGCCAAACCCACCUGUUGUUGGAAUCUGCGGCGGCAUUGCAGUGGAUGAUCAACUCGCAGAGCUGCGGCAACAUGCAAAUAAUUCAGUCGCCAUAGUGGCAACGCCAGGAAGGCUUUUGCAUCUGGUCCAGAGUUAUGGCGCGACAUUGUCACUUGGACAAAUCUCCCUCCUUGUUGUCGAUGAGGUUGACCGCGUACUGGAUGCCCCAGAGAUGGAAACGCAGCUGCGUGAGAUCCUACAGUUCACAAAUGCUGUCGGUCGGCAGACGUUAUUGCUGUCCGCUACGCUUCCUGUCUUCUUGCCACGGUUGGCAAGAUCAGCAGUGCUCCGGCCUGUCACGAUUCGCGUUGAUGAGGCCAACAUGCCGUUUCAAGCUCCAUCAGUGCUGUCGCAUCAAACCACUAGCUCUGCUCCAAUGACUAUACUUGCCCUCUCGACGACCUCAAAUGUGGUUCAUGACGUACAAUUCGUGCGCCCGGCGGAAAAACCUUCUCGUUUACUGCGUGUGUUACGCGCGACCAAACAACCGCCAGUUUUGGUAUUCUGCAAUUCACGUUCAAGUGUCGAGCGCGUCGCUCGUCUACUACGCAACGAGCAAUUCCACGUAGCACCGUUGCAUGGCGGGCAGUCUCAAGGAUAUCGCACUCGAGCACUACGCGCGUUUCGUGCGGGUUAUGUUGACGUUCUUGUGGCAACAGAUCUGGCUUCGCGCGGACUUGACCUCCCGGGUGUCGAGCAUGUUAUACUGUUCGAUAUACCACAUACUAUUGAAGACUAUGUGCAUCGCUGCGGUCGUACAGGAAGACAUCCUGGGGGUGGCUUGGGAGACCUUGACGUCUCCGGAAAAGCCACAUCUUUCCUGACGCGCGAGUGUGCGAUUGCAAUGGAGUUGAAGCAAGUGCUACGAGCAGCUAAGCAACCACUACCGCGUGAGCUGGAGGUGUUAAGGAACUUCCAUCAUCCCGUUGAUACCCAGCUAGAGCAAUAA